AUGGGUCGCGAAUUGCAGAAGAAGAAGAAGAGAUCUUCGAUCCCGAAGAUCAAGAUGAAGCCGAAGUCGAAGAGAGUCAAUCCUUUGGGCAAUCCAAUUAUCGCUGCGAACUGGAACCAAGAUGAAACCCUCACCCAGAAUUACCGCCGUCUCGGUUUGACUUCACGCCUCAACUCUGCCACAGGUGGAACCGAAAAGCUGCGCGCUGGCGACAUCUCCAAAUCCUCCACCACCUCCAAACUCGCCAUCUCCAACGCCAUCCCCAAACAAUUCACUCCUGCCUCCGCACGCGUGGAGCGCGAUCCCACAACCGGCAAGAUCCUGCGCGUCAUCCACGAAGAAGACGACAAUCCGCUAAACGACCCUCUGAACGUCGUUGAGGCGAUGGAUUUCGACGGCGCGGAAGAUGAUGGAGAGGUUUUCGAAGGGUUCGAAGGCGAGGUCGGGAGUGAGAAGAAGAAGGGCAAGGGAAAUAAGAGCCAGAAUGAGAUUGUGAGGAGGUUGGAGGAGCAGGCUAGUAUGAUUCCUGAGAAGAAGGAGAGGACACAGAGUGAGCGCGAAAGGGAGUGGAUUGAGCGGCUGGUGGGCAAGUGGGGUGAGGAUUUUGAGAAGAUGGCGAGGGAUAGGAAGCUCAAUCCUAUGCAGCAAACGCCGGCGGAUAUUAAAAGGAGAGUGGGGAAGUGGAAGGCGAAGGGAGGUGUGCUGCCUGGUGCUGUUGAGGCUUGA